CUGGGUACUUUGAUGUCUGGGGUGGUGGUAGCUUGAACACCGUAUAGCGAGAAGGCCCCUUGCCAGCACCUACUUCACCUUCUUACUUGCUUGGAGGGCCUUACGACAGCCACCACCGCAGUCAAAACACCCAGAAAGAGACUUACAGUCAGACACUUCACCAACAACUGAGUUUCGGUUCAGACGCUUAGUUCCUAUUGUUUUUUUUUUUCUCGUUGAGUAUUUUUUCUAUUGAAAGUAAAGCUGUGGUAUCGAUUAACGUGAAAUAAAGUUUUUUAUCAAAUAAAAAAAAUUUUUUUUUCUCAUUAUCAUUAAAUUACUUAUUUUGUAAAUAAUUUAAUUGACAAUUCAGUUAUUAAAGUUGUUUUGAAAAAAGACGAAGAUCGAGUGCUGAGUGUAUUUAAAGUGCACAUUUGGAUUACGUAAACAAAUUAUAAGAAGUGCAUAAAAAAAUUUUUUCAAAAUGAGAGCAGCGGUGUUGGCCGCUUGCUUCAUUGGCAUUGCCUUGGCUGGUAGUCCAAGAUUACCAAGAACUUCAGCAGAUCAACGAAGUAUCAGAAAUGCACAUGUUAACAACAAUAUCACGAAUAGUCUUUCGGCUCCCACAAGAGGAACAUUACGAAGCCGGGAACAAUAUCUCUUCAAUGUUUUCGAGGUGAUAGUAUCAACCCUUGAAUCAAAGCUACAGCGAAUCGAGAAUUUAGACAAGGCUGUAGAGCAUUUAAUGAGACGAGUUGAAGCACUAGAUUCUCGGGUUAACGACAACAUUGACAAGACAGAUGCAGUAAUUACUAAACUAAGGACCUUAGAUCUCAAACUCUUUCACACACAGCCUAUAUUUCCGCCGGAAACGUUAAGACAAAGUGAACAAACUUCUGAUCCUCCUGAUGGACAUGAAGAAGAAUCUGUUCCAGUUAUCCGAUUAAUUCAUCAUGACAGUAUAACUCCUGAAAAUCUUGGUGAGAAAUUACUGUCAUUAGACCAAAAGGUUUCUGAUAUUGAUGACAAACUAGUGAACUUAAAAAAUCAAUUGGAUAAUAAUUUCUUACCAAGUGAUGACAUAAAUGCUGAAGCAAGUGAGAAGAAACCAAUUAGUAUGAAUGUCAUAGAAAUUACGAAAGCUAUGAGCAAUGAAGUGAUGAAUCACAUAACAAUUGAAAUUGAAAAUCUAAGACAAGCAACUGGUACCAUGGAUAAGAAACUUCAGUUUCAUAUGAAUUUAGUGUCUGAAACACUUGGGUCAGUUUAUACUAUGACGAAAGAUAUACAUGAGGCGAUCGUUGAUAAGACACAUAUUCAUUCUGAAGCAAACCAAACAACAACUACUCCAGUUUCACAUGUAGUCAAACGAAGUAAGAUUGAUCGUUUGGUUGAAAAAAUAUAUCCAGUAACUAGUGUUUCAGAAAAGAUGGAUCAAAUUUGGAACAUUGUUGUUGGUACAAAAAGUAGUGUAGAUCAUCUACUUCCUAAAUCUGACGAGUUGUUGAUCCAAACCCAUCGUCAAGAGAGAGAAAUCAACGCAAUUCAUUCAGACCUUCAAACAAAAACAAACCAGAUAAUUGAGAAUCUCGAGGGCGUAGAAAGUAGAUUAAAGAAACAUGAGAAUGACGUAGCAAAUCUUGUUCAACGACCAAUUCCAGCUGAACUUCUUUUAGAUCCGACAAUUGAUCGUCUUGUUGAAUAUGAUCCCAACAGAUAUAUUGCCUUGAAUGAAGAAUACACAACAGAAACUUCAACUUCAUCUACAACUACACCUGUUCCAAGUUCACCAUCUCUCCAGAGCUCAUCAGGAAUAAAUCCAUCAUCAACAACGCCCAUGAAUUCUAUUUCAGUUUCAAUGUCUUCUUCCACAUCAACCUCUACCUCAUCAGGUGGAUCAACAUCACCACCAUUAAGAUCAACUGCCAGGAAUCGAGGAGUUAUUUUCCCAAGUGUUAAAAACAAACCAAGUCCAGCUAAUUCGACCUUCACAACAGACAAUGUUCUUGUCAAUUACAAGGACAUUAAGGGAUACUCGUGUGUCGAUUUAUUCAAUGCUGGAAUGCGUGAAAGUGGAGUAUAUUAUCUGCAAAUCCGUGGAACAACAUAUUGGUUUUUGAAAGUCUACUGUGAGCAGGAAAUAGCAGAGGGUGGUUGGACCGUCAUUCAAAGACGUGAUGACUUUGGAGACCCACGAGAAAACUUUAAUCGUGAUUGGGCGGAUUAUAAGAAUGGCUUUGGAGAUCCUGCACGUGAAUUCUGGCUUGGCAAUGAAAAUAUUUAUAUGCUCACGAAUAAUGAAGAUUAUUCUCUCAGAGUAGAAUUGGAAGAUUUUGAAGGGAAUAAGAGAUAUGCUCAAUACUCACACUUUAAAAUUUACUCUGAAGGAGAGUAUUAUAAAUUGGAAAUUGAUGGGUAUGAAGGCAAUGCUGGUGACUCUUUGAAUGAUCCAUGGUAUGGUUCUAACAAUAGUCCAUUCUCUACUUAUAAUCGGGAUAAUGAUAGAUCGUCAUUGAAUUGUGCAUCCAUGCUGAAAGGAGGAUGGUGGUGGAAGUCUUGUGGACGAGGAUUAAAUGGGCUUUACUUGAAUGAUCCUCAGGAUCUUACGGCUAGACAAGGAAUUGUUUGGUUCCGUUGGAGAGGGUGGGAUUAUACGUUGAAGAAGGCGAUAAUGAUGAUAAAACCCAAAGGACCAAUAUCAAUGUCUUGAAAGCGGGUUAUCUAAAUUUAAUUAUUUUAUUUGAAGAUCUAGAAACUUGGCGAUAUAUUUAAAAAACCAACAACAACUUUUGUUAUGAUUUAUAAUUCGUUUCAAUGAUGAUUUCGCCAUCUAAUUAUUUGCACGUAUGAAUAUAAAGAUACACACAGUAUUUUCAUGUCGUAAUUACACGACUAACUCUUUAGUUUAAUCCAUCUUUACAUAUUUAAUAUUAGACAAGCAAAAUAAAAAAAAAAAGAUUUAUAUGUGAAUAACGAAGAGUUUUAUUGGAAUAAAGUAUAUGUUUUUCAGUUAUAAAGAUGCUAAAAUGAAAAAAAUUGGAAAAUAAUUUAACGAAAAAUAGUACUUGAAACAAAGUUAAUCAGGAAUGAUUGAUAAAUAAAAAAAAAACUUUUAACUUUUAAUUACAUGUUAUAAUUCUAUGCAACUUGCUUAGUAAUUAUCUCAAUAACAAACUGCGUGAGGCUACCGGGACAAUGUUGCAAUGUCCGUUCAAUUUCAAACUUUAACGAGUGUUAAACACAUGAGGAAAAUAAACCACCGAACAAUAUUAAUUAAUAUUGAAAAAAAAAUUUUUUUAGAAUGCAUAAUGUAUGUAUGCUUUGAAAUAAUCAUACUUUGAAUUUACAGCAGAAUAGAAAUGAAUAUUAUUAGUAAAUAUAUUAUCUGAUAAUAAAUUUUAUAAAUAGCAUUUGGAUAUUUUAAAGAUUAUUAAUGCGUGCGCUAUA